AGCUGAGGUCCGUGCGGCCCCGGGCCCUGGCAUUCCUGGGCCGGACUUCCUGGGCUGCCGCCGGGGGGGGGCUGGCUAAUGAUUACCAGGAAACAUGCUGGCACGCCCGCACCUUCGGGGAGCCGGGGCCCGCGGCUGGCGGAGGCUGCCUCUGCGUCCAGGGCCUGGCCGGUGACGUGACAGCCCUUCGGUGAGGAACUUCCUGCUCAGGGCCGGGCCGGGUCAGGGUUCUCUGCGGCUGAUUGAAUCGUUCCUGUGUUUGUGCGGAGAGAGGACGGGGGCCAGGACGGCCGCGGGAGCCUGGAGGGGAGAUCCACCUGCGGAGGUGAGGAGAUGCCAGGAUGGACGGCAGCUGCAAAGGGGUCCUGGCCGCGCUGGUCGUGGUGGCUGGCCUAGCAGCCUUUGGAUCCGGCUACCAGAUCAUAGAAGGGCCCAAGAACGCCACCGUGCGGGCGGGCCAGGAGGCCCGCUUCAACUGCACCGUCUCCCAGGGCUGGAGCCUCCUCAUGUGGGCCCUGAACGGCACGGUGGUCCUGAGCAUCACGCCCACGCAGGUCAUCAUCACCAGCAACCGCUUCACCUCGGAGAACUACACGGAGGGCGGCGACUUCACCUCCGAGAUGAUCAUCCACGACGUGCAGCUCAGCGACGCGGGGCGCAUCAAGUGCAGCCUCCAGAACAGUGGCCGCGAGGGCUUCGCCUUCCUUUCCGUCCAAGUUGUGGGGGAAUUGCUCGUUCCCACUGACAGUCUUGUAGUCAUUGAGGAUGAACCUUGUAAUGUGACUUGCCGCGCGAGGGGCUGGAUCCCGCUCCCAGAACUUUCCUGGGAGAUUGGUGUUCCCGUGAGCGAUUCAAGCUUUCACUCCGUUCCGGUGCCGGAUGACUCUACAAGUGUCCUGAGCAUCCUGGCUCUGACGCCGAGAGGCAGUGGGAAUCUGACUUGCGUGGCUAAGAUGAAGGGGCUGCAGGACCGCGAUUCUCGCACGAUAAACCUUACUGUGGCUCCGCCUCACGUGGGCAGUGCUGACCAACUAGGCGCCUCGUUGCCUACCUGGGCCAUAGUCCUCCUUGCAGUGUCGUUCUCAUUGCUUUUCAUCCUGAUCAUUGUUCUGAUUGUCAUCUUCUGCUGCUGCUGUGUCUCCCGGAAAGAGAAAACAGAAUCCAGUUCUCUAAGGAAGUCUGCAGAUGUGGAGACAAACCAAGAAACGUUUGAGCCAAAGUUAAAAAAUGGAAAUGAGAACUAUGGCUACAGUGCAGAGUCGGCUUCUCCCCCUGCGAAGUCCCCCAGCCCCAGCCUUCCUGCGCAGCCGCAGCCGCAGCCACAGCCGCAGCCCAGCAGCAGGCAGCCCAGCAGCAGGCAGCCCAGCAGCAGGCUGCCAAAGCAGGAACCCGAUCUCCAUCAGCAGGCCCCCACGAGUCGCCCGCAUGUCUCCUUUUACACGGUCGGUCCCAGGAUAACCAGGAACGUGACCUUGGUGUAGCGAGGGUGCUGCCCUUGGCUGACGACCUGCCCCAUGACCGGGUCACACGCUCUCCCGAGGCCCGGCCCGCCGGCAUCACCUGGAAGCAGCGGUGUCGGAGUCAUUGAAACAAAGAUUUCCGAGAGAGAAGGAACCGUUGUUCCCGACUUCCCAAGUGGAAGUUCAGUUUUCAUGUCCUUCAAGAUUCCAGUGGCUGCUGUCAAGCUACUAAGUCAAAGAUGCAAGCUGAUAGGACGAGGCUUCUCAGCACCACACACUCCUGCUUGCUGGCCCAAUGCGUCUGUAGCCUGCCAUGACUUCCUACACGUUUUUAUUACCUUCCAUCCUAUAAAGUGUCUGUGUAUGUCUGUG